AUGUCUUCGUUCUACCUUCUGCUUGGAUUUCUCCUAGCUAGCCCUGUACUAUGUGUCGUGAAACCGAAAAUUACGACUUCGUACGGUCCGAUCGUCGGAUUCGAGCACACUUCCGCAGUCAGCGGAUCUAAAUAUCAUGUGUUUUUGGGAAUCCGAUACGGAAACCCACCAGAUCACAUCUACAGAUUCCAGGUUAGUUCACGGUUCUCGUUUCUAUCGGACUCCUUGUUUUAUCCAGAAGCCGGAGCCAGUGGAGAAGUGGCCGCACAUCAAUCACGAUGCCACCCAUUUCCGUGCUUCCUGCAUUCCCUCCCUCCGCUCUGAACUCGAGGAGCAUGUGAACUAUAGCGAGGACUGUCUCUUCUUGAACAUCGUGACACCUCCGAACGCGGUUAGUACCUCCUCUUUUCCGCUCAUUUCUCAUCUCUAUACAUCUUUAGCGCGAAAAGAAGCUGCCUGUCAUUGUGUUCCUUCACGGCGGCGGCUUCCAAUUUGGUGAUUCAUCGAUGGUUGGAUACGAAAAAGCGGCCGAUAACUUUGUCUCGCAGGACAUUAUAUUCGUUUCCGUCCAAUACCGACUCGGUCCCCUUGGCUUCUUCACUACCGGCGACUCGGAAAUUCCCGGAAACAUGGGCUUGUGGGACCAGACUCUCGCUCUCCAGUUCCUUCACGAAAUCCUCCCGGACUUUGGCGGUGACCCGGACAGAAUCACAUUGUCCGGCCAUUCGGCUGGAGCUGCCAGCGUGUCUGCUCUCCUUUACUCUCCUCAUUCUGACCGUAAGUUACUUCAACUUCAAUGAAUAAAGUUGCAAUUUGAAGUUCAGAUCUGUUUGCUCAAGCAAUUCAACUGUCGGGCAGCAUCUUCUCCGAGAAUAACUUGAAUCAGAACGUGGUGGACGACAGUAGGGAACUGGCGAAAGCUGCUGGAUGCGCACACGAGGACUCAAAAGAAUUGAGGGAUUGCAUCGAGAUCAGAACAGUCGACGAGCUUCUGGAUGCCAUGGAGAGCAUCGUAAGUGGCUCUUUGGCCCGAGCUAAACAAAAUGUACAAUUCAGGGAGAGCUGCUGCCUGGACCGAGAACCAAAAAAUUCCAUCCUCACUUCGACAAAGACUUCUUCCCGUACGAUGUAAGACAACUGCAAUGAUUCAUAUAAUGUUUUUAUGAUGCUUUUUAGAUUGAGACAAUGUCCAGAAAAGCUCCGAAAAAGCGAACAAUGCAAGGAUUGGUGACUUUGGAAAGUGGCCUCAGUGUGCUGUACCCAGUCAAAUUGGCAAAGUUACUCGGAGUUGCAAAGGAGAAUUGGGCUUCCUAUAGCAAGGAUGACCUGGUUAAUUUCAUAAGAACUGAAGGUAACAUUACAGCACAUCUUCUUUUCAAAAGUUAUUUUCUCGUUUCAGUCGCUGUUGAACGAGAGUUCGGCACCGCUUCUGCGCGAUUCUCGGCUCUCGUGGAGGAAUUCUACUUGAACGGACCAAUGACUGGCAACUCCAGUUUCUAUUUGAAUGCCUACGCGACUCUUCUCAGUGACCUUCAGUACAAUAUUCCGACUCUUCACGAAAUUGAACUGAAAACACAGCAUGGUUGGGAGACAUUCUUCUAUGUGAUUGACUAUGAAAGCGAGACGACGAAGGACCCAACGCAUCCGAUCAGAGGGCCAUUCCACGCCUCCGAAUUGAGAUUCCUGUUCAACUUUGACGAUAAGGACAAGAUUCCGUUCAACGAGAAGGACAAGAAGUUCGAGAGUCUGCUCGUGAAUUCCAUCGUUCAUUUUGUUACCACUGGAACUCCGAGCACUGAAUCUGUACCGUGGCCGGCAGUUACGAAAUCUCAUCCGUUUGCGAAUCUUCUGCUCAAUGCUGAACCAUCUGUAUGAACUAAAUUGUGUCUUCUUCUUUUCAAAUUCUCGAUUUUCAGCUGCAACAAUCGUUUCGUCAAGAAGCCUAUGAACUAUGGCAAUCGGAGAUCGCCAAGACGGUCGGAGCCGACCUGAUGAAGAAGAGACUUCCGGCCUCGAAGGCCACCUUCCGGCACAGUGAACUGUGA